AUGGAGCCCGCCAUGAUAGAGAAGGUGCCUUCGCACGCCGAUAUCAAACCCACCGCUUCCGACUCGGCCAGUGCCAAAGAAGAGGUCUCCAAAGGCAUCAUUUUGACUCAGGACGAGUAUCACCUGGCCACUCUGGGGUACAAGCAAGUGUUCCAUCGAUCUUUUGGCAUGUUUGAGUCAUGGAGUGCUACGUUCAGCUCCAUGAACUUCAUUUCCGGAAUUCCUGUUCUCUUCGGCUGGAUCAUGUACACGGGAGGGCCCAAGGCCGCGUUUGCGAACUGGACUAUGGUCGGUGGUUUCUCCUGCGUAGUGAGCCUGGUCUUGGCCGAGCUGGCCGCUGCGUUGCCAACCACUGGGGGAAUCUACUUCUGGAGCUAUCGUUUAGGGGGUGAGAAGCACGGUCCGUUUCUUUCCUGGAUGACCGGAUGGUGGAACUUUGCAGGUUGGAUAGCGGUCGUACCAGGUGUUCAGCAAGGUGCCACGCUGUUCCUGGUGUCUGCUCUGCAGAUUAAGUAUCCCGACGAGGAGGUUCUCCACAAAGGAUGGUUUCUGUGGCUCUUGACGAGCAUUGGCCUUGUCAUCGCGAUGAUCCCGAAUAUCUACAGUCCGAGACUGUUGAAACUGUACUUUCGCUUCGCCAUCUUCAUCUUUUUCACUCUGUUCUUUUUGUACUGGACCUGGUUUCCAGCCAAGGCGGCCCAGAAGCAUUUCAACGAUGCUCAUGGAGUUUUUGGCCUAUUUUACAAUGGCAUCAAUCUUGGAGAAGAGAAGCAAGCUUCGGAUGCUUACUGUUGGGUUGUAUCCGUUCUAUUCGGUGCAUGGGUAUUUUAUGGCUAUGAUGCUUCUGCUCAUUUAGCCGAGGAGACCAACCAAGCCUCCACGGUUGUCGCUAAAGGAAUCUGGCUUUCGACAUUUUCCGCCUGGAUUCUGUCGGUUCCCACCCUGAUCAUCGUGCUUUUCUGCAUGCAGGAUUUCGACGGUAUCAUUUCCGCCACGUACUCCAACAACUGGGCAGAGUACUUGCUACAACUGAUCGGUGAGAAUGGUGCUGUGGCUAUCCUCAUCGUGCUAUGGGUGGACUCGACAUGUGCCACCGCCAGCUGCUUCCUCUCCGCACAGAGAGUCACAUAUGCCCUUGCACGAGACCAGGUCUUACCGUUCGGCAGCUUCUUCCGGAAGCUUUCGUCCAGGAAGAUGGCCGUAAAUGCAGCACUUUUGGUCUGCGCGUUCGGCAUCGCCAUCACCACCGCCGUGAUUGGCUCCACCGUUGCAUUCAGUGCGAUCACGGCGACCGCGACGAUCUGCACCAACGUCUCGUAUCUCAUUCCAAUCGUUGCCCGACAGACCGUCGGACGCAAGAGCUUUGUCCCCGCGAAAUGGAACCUGGGGAGGUUCUCCCUCCCACUCGCGGUGAUCGCAGCCCUUUGGAUCCUCUUCCUCGUCGCCGCCCUCGUCCUGCCACAGUUAUAUCCCGUGGACAGUCAGACGCUGAACUAUGCCCCGAUCUGCAUCGGCAUCGUCAGUUUCGUCAGCAUUGUGGGCUGGUUCUUCCCGAAAUGGGGUGGCAGGCACUGGUUUGAGGGCCCUAUCAAGACCAUCACUGAGCAGGAACUGUUGUCUGCUAGGGUCGAAGGUGGCGUGGCGACGGUGGAGGAGGGCGAUGCGAUGGAGAACAUCAGAUUCGGGCAUCGGAAGAGUGUUCAUGAGUAG